AUGAGUGAUAAAACAUUGGAAGUGCUAGUCUACGGAUUAGGAGCCAUUGGUUCCUUUUACGCCUUCAUCCUCAGUCGUAGUGAACGAGUUCGCUUGACAGUAGUCGCUCGAUCCAACUACGACGCUGUGGCCGCAAAUGGAAUCAGUAUAAACAGCCAAAACCAUGGGAAGCACCAUGUGAAGCCUGAAAGUGUCCUUAGGCAUGUCAAAGACGCUGGUCAAAAGUUCGAUUUUGUCAUCUGUACCAACAAGGCAGUUGAUCAAGCCAGUACUGCAGCCGAUAUUGUACCUGCUAUUGGCGACGACACGACAAUUGUAAUUAUCCAGAAUGGUGUCGGCAAUGAAGAUGCGUUUAGGGAGGCGUUUCCCAAGACAACCAUCAUAUCAUGCGUAACAUGGGUGGGAGCAAGGCAGCCGCAACCAGGUAUCGUGGAACAUACCACAUCCGAAGACAUGCAGAUGGGGUUGUAUCCGAAUAAAGCCGGCGACUCCUCUCUCGACAAAACGCAUCUUUCACAGUUCGAAUCACUGCUUUCCAUUGGAAAAACAAUCUUCCAAAUCGUUCCGGACAUCCAAGUCCAGCGCUGGGAGAAAGUGGUAUGGAAUGCAGCUUGGAACUCGCUCACAGCGCUAACGCUCACGGACACCCAUUCAUGGUUAAGCUCUUCAGAGUUGUCCACACCAAUGACUCGAAGACUGAUGAAGGAAGUAAUCGAUGUUGCUAAUGCUCUUGACGUACCUCUCCAGUAUGAGUUAAUCGAUAGGCUUCUGGACAAGAUUUUAGCCAUGCCACCCAUUGGGAGCAGCAUGAGGACUGACUACGAGAAUAGAAAGCCGAUGGAGGUGGAGGUCAUCUUGGGAUAUCCUGUCAAGAAGGGCAGGGAGUUGGGGAUUGAGGUGACGACCAUUGAGACUCUUUAUACAGUGCUGUUGGCCAUCAACAAACGUCUCAUGAGUGCAGCAGACAAGUGA